AUGUCAAGAAGAGCUGCAUUGAGAUACCUGCAACUUUCUUUGAAGGAUUUUAGGAGAUUGUGUAUCUUAAAAGGAAUAUACCCGCGUGAGCCAAAAAAAAGAAAAAGAGCUCAGAAAGGAGCUACUAGUAUUCAAACAUUGUAUUACAAAAAAGAUAUUCAAUUUCUACUUCAUGAACCCCUGAUUUGGAAAUUUAGGGAUUUAAACGUUUAUUUUAAAAAAAUUGGGCGAGCCAGCUCUUUGAAAGAAUUUGCAGAAAUGAAAGCUUAUUUAAAUAAACAUCCAACUAUUACAUUGGAUCAUUUAGUUAAAGAAAGAUAUCCAACCUUUAUAGAUGCAUUAAGAGAUUUAGAUGAUUGUUUAACUCUCUGUUUUCUAUUUAGUACUUUUCCAUCUAUGAAACAUGUACCUAGAGAUCAAUCGGCUUUGUGUAGGCGAUUAACUAUUGAAUUCAUGCAUGCUGUUAUUGAAGCCAAAGCCUUACGAAAAGUUUUUGUGUCAAUUAAAGGAUAUUAUUAUCAAAUUGAAUUCAAGGGAGAAACAAUUACAUGGAUAACUCCUCACAAUUUUUGCUUUCAGCCUCAAAACAAAGAAGAUGUUGAUUUUAAAAUUAUGUCAAUAUUUGUACAAUUUUAUGUUGUUUUACUGGGAUUUGUCAACUUUCAUAUGUAUCACUCUUUAAAUUUAAUGUAUCCUCCAAAAUUGUCUGGUUAUGAAAUCAAUAAAGAUGAAAAUGAAAUGUUGGAUGAUGAAAAUUUUAUAUCUGAAAGAGUAGCAGCUCUAAGUACACCUAUUACAAAAACUGGAAAAGAUAUACCUGAAGAAAAUGAAAUGGAUCAAUUUCCUACAGAAGAGGGAGAAGAAGCAGAAGCUGAAAUGGAAGACAAAAAAUUGGAAAUUGCCAAAAUUCAAAAAUUAAAAAACUUAUUUAAAGAUAAAAAAUUUUUUUUAAACAAGGAAGUUCCUAGGGAAUCCCUGGUAUUUGUAAUAAGAUGUUUUGGCGGAUUAGUUUCUUGGGAUAAAACUUGUUUUCCUGGAGCUACAUUUGAUGAAAAAGAUGAAACUAUUUCUUACCAGAUAGUUGAUAGGCCCAGUUUUACAAAACAGUACCUUUCUAGGUAUUACAUUCAGCCGCAAUGGGUGUUUGAUUCCGUCAAUGCAUGUCAAUUAUUGCCUGUUGAGAAGUAUUUACUAGGUGCAAUUUUGCCUCCUCAUUUAUCACCAUUUACUAACGAAGGAAAAGAUCAAAUUUACAUUCCACCAGAGGAAAAAAUGCUUAAAGAUCCUAAUUUUAAAUCGGAAAAUUUAAAAGAUUAUGAUUCAGAAAGUAAUUCUGACUCGGAAGAAAAUAAAAAUGAUCUUGAAGAUGUAAAAAGUUCUGAUGAUGAAGACCCUGAGACAACAAAAGGAAUGUCGGUUAAGCCUGGAGAAGUUUUUAGAGAGAGCAAAAUUAAAAAGUUUAUUGAAAAAAAACAAGAACAUUCAUUAAAAGAAAGAAUGGUGCCUAACAAAUACAGAAAAUUAUAUCAAAGCAUGAUGGAAGGAAGGAAAAAGAGAGCUAAGGAAAUUUGGCUUCUUAAUAAAAAGAGAAAACGCAUUGAUGCUGAGGCAAGAAAAGAAGCGAAAAAAAAAAUUGUUGACAAUUAA